CAUCCAUCGUUCCGCCGGUCUGCGUUGCGUUCAGGGGCGAGCGAAGUGAAGCGGAGCAGCGUCCUUCUCGUUUUCUUCAGCCCGGGGUGCGCGCAUCUCCCGCCGAGAGAGACUCGACGAGAACCAGAAGUUGAUUCGUCGUCGACUCGAUUCGAGUUACUACGCCACUGUCCUUCCUUCGACCCGGUUUCGUUUUCACCUUCAUGCGCGCUUCUUCUUUUUUCCGGAGUCUCCAGCCGAGGUGGACGGGCCGACACUCCUCUCCCUGGGCGUAGACUUGGCUAGCCGCUCCGCUGACUGACCAACCCUCAGUGUCUUCAGAAAGUCUCUGGAGCUGCGGCCUUCCUGUGAGAGUGAGUUCAUCUAGCUUGUUCCUGCAGAGACGGAACGCCGCUGUUAGAAGGGGAGAUGAAGCCAGAUGGGGUUGCCACAGCAGCACUGGAGCCAAUGGAAACACUGGAAUCUAAUCCAGUAAAUGAGGCAGUGCCACCUACAGGACAGGAGCUCAACCCCGCAGCCUCUCCAGUGGAGGAGGAGAUGCCGCAGCAGCCUGUCGGAGAGGCGAGUCAGGCUGAGCCGCUGCCAGACCAGCCCAAGGAAACUCCAGCCGCCAAGACUGGCAGCAAGGCCACAGGAGACGUCAAGGCCAAGACUACCAACAAGGUCACGAUUAAGACAAAAACCAGCACCACCAGCUUACCCAAGACUUCAGCUGGCCCGCGGUCGACCACAUCCCAGAGCCGCAUCUCAAAUGGCACUUCUAAGCCUCAAACUAACGGCGUGGCUAAGAAGACUACACCUUCUGCAGAAAAAAAGAGUGCCCCGCUCGCCGCACCCUCUAAAAAGACAGCAGCCACCACAGCUGGGGCCUUAGCCCCCAAGAGCACCGCUAAAGUGGGCGAGAAGAAAGCCACAGGGGUUAGUCCAUAUCUCAGCGGUACAAAGACUUCAACUGGAGGACCAGCAGCCAAAAAGACCCCAUCCACCACAGCUAAUGGUGUCAAACCGAGCCCCACUGCAUCUGCAGCUAAAAAGCACCCAGCGCCUAAACCUGCCAGCGCUUCUUCCACCAAGACGACUGCCGCCGCUUCAACCAAACCUGAUAAACCUCCUGUUUCCAAGACAACCAGGCCCACAGUCAGCACAGCAGCGUCGUCUCGCCCUGCUACUGGCUCAUCUCACACAGCGAGCACAACCAAGAACUCCACAGCUGCAUCCAAAACGGCCGCCCCUAAAACGACCUCCAUCACGGCUAAACCCCCAACUCCCAAAUCAACGACCACUGCACCCUCUGGUGGCAAAACUCCAGUAUCACAAACAUCAAGGAACACGACUCCCGUGAAAAAAGAUCUUACCAAACCAGCCACACCAGCAGGUAAAAAGCCUGCAGACUCCCCCCUUUCUCGUCCUUCUCCCACAACAAAGCCAGCUAAAGCUGAGACCCCCAAACCGUCUUUAAAAACCAAUGUUGCCACCAAAAAACCUACUACACCUAAGGCUGCAGAAACAAAGACACCAAGUCGCCCCAAAACACAAGAGAGUAAGUCCACGCCUUCCAAGGAUGCCUCCAAGACGCCUACCACAAAAACAACUAAGACCCCAAGCUCUAAGAAGACGGUGGGAAGUAGCACCCCAACUCCUGUGAAACGGGCCCCCAAAGCAGCAACACCCGCUGAGCCUGGGAAAGAAGUUGCUGCUGCUGCUGUAGCAGUAGCUGCUGCAACCAUCGCAACUGCAGCUUCUGUCGCUGCAGCACCAGAGGAGCCCCAUGCAGAGGAAGCUGCACCAUCCGCUGCUAUUCCUGUGGUGGUGCCAGAACAAACACCAGAGCCCACAGUCCAACUAGUGUCAGAACCAGUGUGUGAGCCAGUACAAGACCUCCAACAGCCACCAGUAUCCCAGCCCUUGCAGGCAACUACACCCGAGCCCAUGCGGGUACCUACACCAGAGCUCGUGAGAGUACCUACACCCGAACCCAUGCGGAUACCUACACCAGAGCCCAUGCGGGUACCUACACCAGAGCCCGUGAGAGUACCUACACCCGAACCCAUGCGGGUACCUACACCAGAGCCCAUGCGGGUACCUACACCAGAGCCUAUGCGGGUACCUACACCCGAGCCCAUGCGGGUACCUACACCAGAGCCUAUGCGGGUACCUACACCCGAACCCAUGCAGGUACCUACACCAGAGCCCGUGCGGGUACCUACACCCGAGCCCAUGCGGGUACCUACACCAGAGCCCGUGCGGGUACCUACACCCGAGAUGAUUCAAGUACCAUCACUUGCGCCCAUGUGGGAACCAGUAAUCCAACCCGUACAUGAGCCAAGUUCAGUCCAAGUACUAGAAUCUUCUCCUGAGCCUCGGGUCAAAAUGUUUGAGCCGUCAGCACAGACAGAACCAGAACCUGAGCUGGCCUCUAGUGUUCAAAUAUCCACACGGACUGAGCCCCUCAAGUUGGAAGACGACAGCUCGGUUCCGUCUUUGGGAACUACAGUCAUGUCUCCUCCUUGCUCCCCACCAGGUCUGGCCUCUCCUGUCAGAGAACCACAGAACUCUCUUCUAGAGAUGGAUGCCCAGUUUGAUCCCUGGGACAGGAACCAAGCUUGUGCUGAGCUUCCUUCCAAAAGUUCAGACAGCUUUAUGAGAUUUCAGGCAGAAGAGGAGAAAGAAAAUAAAAGCUAUGGCAUUCAGGGGGAGGAGGAGGAGGAGGAAGAAGAAGAAGACGAAGACGAUAAAGAAAACAUGUUUCUGCCUACCUCCACAGCUUCAGGAGUCCAGUUAGGUGCUUCACCUCUGGAUCAUUUCACCCAUGGAGACCUGGUCCCACCUCAAGUGAAGGAGGAGGCAGUGGAAAAGGCUGAUGAGGAGAUCAAUGAGGAUGAUGAUGAUGAGGAGGAGGAGGAUGAAGAAGACGAAGAACAAAAGAGACCGGACCACCAUCUUUCAUCCCUGAUCACUGACAUGAGCACAUCUCAGCCCUCUGAUGAAAUUCCAGUGCGUUCGUCAGCGUUUGGUGGUUCUGCAGGGUGGCCCGGGGACGACCUGCUGUCUGGGAUGGACUCUGAGGACGUGAGCAGCUGCACGAGCAGCCGGCAGCAGGGGGUCUCGGACCUCAGCAGCACCCAGCACACAGCCAUCCUGGAGGGCACCCAGAGCUCAGACGCCUUGAUCGACUCUAGUUUCAGAGGCUCAGAGGGAGAUGGAAACCUCAUGGGCUCUCCAAACGUGGAAACUAUCGCCAAUGAGGAAGAGGAGGAUGAUGAUGAAGAGGAUGACCGAGUGGAUGAUAUCGACAUGAGCUCAGAGCAAGUAGAGGAACAUCACACCAUGUUCCAGAAGCAGGACGAGGAGGAGGAUGACGAUGUGGAGAUGCACAGUGAAGGAGUAACAGGAAGCUGUGAGAACGUAGAUGAAGACUUUAAUCAUGAAGAACAUGCGGACCACCUUAGUUGCUCUGGUCCUCCACCUUGUGCCCCCCCUGCCUCCUCCUGGGGUCACACAAACCCUUUCUGUGAUACCUGGGCUCAGCCAGCCUCGCUGCUCCCUGCCUCCUCACCCAGCCCCACAUCUGACCCUGACGCCGCCGAGUCUGAGACCCCCACCCAGUCUCCUGCACAGGCUCGUGUAGACCUCACUGCCCCCUCCUUCCCCCCGCAGUCGGAGCAGGCACCCCACCAGCUUCACUCUGAGGAGGUGAAGGUCUCCGCUCCCGAGGAAGCUCACGACCUGCUCGCUGCCCCUGCUGUCGGCAUGUCCCAGUCCAGCACUCUGAGCGGCACCGCCCUGGCCGCCCUCAGCAGCAGCGAGACGAGCACGCCCGAGGACCUCCGCGAUUACGACAGCAGCUCCGGGGUGGAGUCCCACUCUGACAAACAGCAGACCCCCAUCCCUGCUUCAGUCCAGCCUGACAUGGAGCAGGACCUGGGCAUUCAUUUAGAGAAAGGUGAUGGAGAGGAGGAGGAGGCUGAGACGCUUCCUGCUGACGAAGUCCUAGGAACAGGACCUCCAACUGCUCCUGCGUCCGACCCUUCCUCUCCCUCCACCUCGGGCGAUGAGGCCAGCGACACAGAGGGCGAGAUCCAAAUCAACGACCCAGAAGCACCGGUUCUGAUGGAUGAGAGGGUGGGAUUUGAAAGCCCCCCUCCAUCCUGUAGCCUGACUGCUCUUGAGGAGGAUGAGGAGGCAGGGGAUACAGCAGGUGGAGAGGGUGAAGAAGAUGGAGGUGGAGCCACCCCUCAGUCAGCCAACUCUGUGGCGUCGUAUGGCUUCGACUGCACCAUGUCCAACUCCAACGCUCACUCCAUGGCUGAGAGCUGCGGAAAGAGCCCCGGGAUCUUCUCCCUGGAGAACGAGGAGCAGCUGCCAGAGGAGGCCAAGGACCCCUCCCUUAUCAAGGAGCUGACCCUUCCAUCUACAGCUGCUGCUGCCCAGGGUGAAGACCUGCUGGGAAACCCUGUGGACCUGAUCCCUUUGGGCCACCCAGAAGAUAAGUACCCCAGUCUAGAUCACUAUAUGCUUGGAGGCAAGAUCGCAGGAGAACACCUGGAGGAGUUUGAUCCACUGGAGGGCAGCCAGCACCUCGGGGGUCUGGAAUCCGAAGACCCCGAUGACAACCAGCCUCCCUACUACUCCACCAUAUGUGAUAAGACUGAUAGUUUUCUGGAAGGUAACGUAUAAGUCCCUUCUAUAAUCCCUGGAAUGCACCUUUUUUCCUGCAACCCUCCCCGUUUCCCCACAUUGUUUGUUUCUCUCCAGUCGGGUUAGAUGUCUUAGAGAAAAAAGGAGAGCAAGAUAUUAGAGAGAAGUUUUUAAAAAUGAACGAAGGAGAUGGGGAAAAAACGACUGUAGCAAUUUUUAAAUGAAGCCCUCCGUUUUCUUACUGUUCUGGUUCUGAGUGUGUGGCUAAAACAGCAGCUUUUUCUAGUUCUGCAUAUUCUGUUGCCCCUGAUGGGGGGGGGGGGGGGGGUAUUAUUGACUCACUGGUCCAACGUGACCGGGCCUUUACACCGAAAAACAACAAAGGAAGAAAAAAGAAACUGAUGAAAUGAAACGGACUCAUUGUGUAUUUAUCCUGCUGUUUUUAUCGAACAAUUGUCUGCGAUUUUUAUUUUUGGUUGGUUGUUUUUUUGUUGUUUUCUGUUAAACACGGUCCUCUUACCCUGUGUACACACUCCAUGUUCCACAUCAUAGCGAUAGUCACACGUUUCUUUCUACAAUGUUCUUGUUGCAAGACUUUUAGCUAUCAGAACUACAGGUUAUGUAUUAACGGUUAGGUGUGGGAGGAUUAGAUGUAGGGCUGACCCAAAUGUCUCAAAGCUUCAAAGAUUGUUGCCAUGGUAACUGAUGCUCAAAUUAGGACCGUAAACUGGGAUCAAACUCAUUUAAUGGUCAGAAUGACCUGUAUAAACAGUUACAACUACACUAUCAAGAUGUUGGAAAGUGUCUGGGCACCGUCUAUGAUCUGGAAUAGCGUAAAAAUGUGUGAGGGGAAAAUUAAUUUAUUUAAUUAAAUAAAUUAAUGAACAACUAUACAAAGUUUGUCCGGAAUGUUUUGACAAAUUCACGUUUUAAAUCUAAAAGUUUCACCAAAACUUUGAAGCCUUAGCAGUGGUAUUUGGGACAGUUCUAAUUAGAUUACCGUUGUUUGUUGCUUCGAAACGGUUUUGCGCUCUUUGCAUAGGUUGAUAAUAAAAAGUGCACACACGUACGGUUUGUGUUUCAGGCUUUUGUUUUCAAGUGGCUCCGCUUUUUGUUUCAGAACCGUUGAAUAACUAGCCUAUUAUUUAAUGAAACGCUGCGUAAUCCUACAGUUGAGCUCUACACGCUCGAGUUUUUCAUUAGCCAGCUUUUGGUUUACUAUUUGAACAGUAUAUUGCAUGUUUAACUAACAAAACAAAAAAAGACUGUACUACUUCCUGCUAUUUGAAACAGUUCUACAGUAGACGUGUUCAGAGUUGAAUGGUUCACACUAGGAUAUCUUUCAAAAUUCCAUUAAAACAUUGUUGCAAGGCA